CAAACAGCAUUGUCUUGUUUUUAUUUUAAUCUUUUCCUUCUUCUUUAAAAUCAAUUAGAUUUAGUCGGUAAAUAUGAUAUAAUAAUCUAUACUUGAUUUAUACAAAUACUGAAUAUACACUUAAUAAUUUUUUAGCAUGCCUAGACCAAACCCGUUUCUUCGUCGUGCUUCAUCUCCAGGUGAUAUUAAUCAUGAAAGUAGUCAGCAGUUAUUAUCAGUACCUCCUUUACCACCACAUCCCGCAAAAUUGACUCAGGCUUCACUUUCGGAUUCAGCAUUAAAAGUGCCUGUUCGACCUUUAACUUUUCGAAAUACACAAUCUCGAAUGAUGAGUAUAAGACCUUCAAGAUUCAUUAAAGCAUCCACGCCUACUUCCUCCACCUCUUCUCCCAUUAUUUUGAAUGAUACUAGCACAACGUCAUCCGAAAUGUCUUCCUUUAUUCGUCUUUUUGAUACAUAUACUCAAAAGAUGUAUAUUGAAGGCUAUUUGAUGAAGCAUAAUUCAGAUAAUAGCAACAGCGAGGAUAAUACAAAAAAAGCUCGUACAAAGAUGUUCGCUGAGCUAUCUGGUUCAACACUAACUUUAUGGGACACUGAAUUACCUGGUUCAACCAUCAUGCCGACCUAUCUUCAAAUAGUGGAUACAACAGUGGUGUAUUCUAAUUCGAUCAUGACAGACGGUGGUAAAAAGAAGAAACAUCUGUUCUCGAUCUAUAACAAGAAAUCAUCUACUAUUAUUUUUGAAACUUCAGAUGAUCCAACCAUGGUUCGAUGGGUGAGUGCAAUUAGACUUUCUUGCUUUGAAAAGCAGAAAUUACACCAGCUGUUUACCUUGAGAUUAUUAUCCAAUGGCAACAUCAGUAACAGUAUUCAAAAUCUAUCUUCUUCUUCCCUAUCAUCAACCGAAGAGACGUCAACAAAGCAUAACAAUGUUUCUUCCACUUUUCUUCAAGUCAGAGUUCCCGGUACAUCUAUCUGGCAGAAGUAUUGGGUCGUUUUAGUCGAUAAAAAGAAGGAUGAGCAAAAGAACAAGAGGUUCGGCAAAAAAUCCUCCUCCUCCUCCACAGAGUUGAACGAGCAACAUAUCCUGUUAUAUGAAACAAAGAAAUCAAAGACCCCUAUUUUGACUUUGUACCAAUUGACUCAUGCCUAUGCUGUUUAUCCUGAAUCACCGCAGCUCAUUGAAAAGGGAUCCAUGAUCAGAAUCGAUUGUAAAUUGAAGCAUGGUAAAGCAAGCAGUAAUACAAAUGCUAUAGCUGCAACUUCCAGCGAGGCUUUGUCUUCAACAUUAGUCAAUGAGGAUGAAGGUUACUGUUGGUUAAUGGCAGACCAUAGUCAAUUGACCAUUCAGUGGUUAUUGGCUGUGUAUGAUAUUUUUAAAUUAUAUGGUCGCCCAGAAGCUUUACUGAAUGAUUCAAUUAAUCAAAAGGCGCUUAAUUUUGGUGAGCCAGCUCAGGACAUUAAUACGACCGUUCACCCUAAAUUAUUUUUGGAUACCGACGAAAUCAUUCAAGCCAUGGAUGUUUCUUUAAUCACUAGACAAGAUAUUGAAAAUAUCAUGAAUAGUGUCAUUAUGAAGAAGCAGGUGGACAUAGCUGUAUCGAUUACUAGGAGACCGACGGGUACUAGAGCAAAUAGUCUACCCUUAAUUACAGUGUUGUCAGCAGAGGAACAGCAACAAAAGGCAGCCUCAGAUGAAAUUUUCGUAUCUCCGGCUGAUGUAACUACAAAAUUGGAUUUGGAUGAUCAGCCGGCGCCAUUUAAAUUUGCGCGACAUGUUGCUGAUUCAAGUGACGAAAGCGAAGAAGAAGAAGACGACUGUGAUGAGGAAGAUGAAGAGCAAGAUAGUGACGACGAACCUAUUUGCAAAAAGGAUAAAACAAGCAUCUCAACCAAUACGACCAUAUCAUUAUUGCCGGCAACCACCACCAAUGACUCUUUAGCUGAUAGUCUUAUUCCUGAUUUCGAUUUUGGCAAUGGGUUCGAUGUACCUAGAAAUAUUACAGCAGCAGCAGUUGCAGCUGCAGUGAAUGCAUCCAGUAUAUCCAAGACUCUACCAACAAGAGGUAGUCGCCAGCAAAGACCUAGACAUAAUAGCUCAAUUACCAUGUUUGGUCAACCCGACGAAGAUAUAUCCAAUAUCUCAUUACAUACUCGUAAAGCCUCAAUGCCUUCCACCAGUAAAGAAAAGCAAAGAUCCUCCUCCUCUGCUGGUCACCAUUCGAUCUCGUCACCAGUACCUCCUUCAAAUAGUAAUAAUCCUCAGUCCUCUUCUUUAUUUGGAGACUUUAGUUUAACAACUGAUUUUAUGAAAUUCUUGGACGAGCCCCUUGAGCAACGCAAAUACUCGUUGCCAGCCAAUGUAAAGCUUACCUCAAACAGUUUUGAUCAUCACCGAUCCUCACCAUUCCCCACAGAAUCCAAAUCGACUGCCUCAAGCUUCAAUCAUACUGCAAAUACAAGUCAACAAUGGGACAAUGAGUGGGAAGAGGAAGUGGAAGUUGUAGUGGAGGAAGUAGUAGAGGAAGUACCAGUUGCACCCAAGAUUAGACAUCCUUACGAUGAUGAUUCAUAUGACUCGGACUUUGAUGGACCAUUGAUUCCUUCAUUGGGUGAUAAUUUUGCACCUCAAAAUAGUUUAUUGGAUACUUACUUAGGAGAGCAAUUAAGUGCCAAGGAACAAAUAGAAUAUGCCAAGGCAACAGGUCAACCUCUUAUACAAGUUUCAACCAAAAAGCAAGGAGCACCUCGAGGAGGUCUUGUGGGUAUGAUAUCACAACGUGAAAAGGAUCGAAAGGAAGGCAACGGUCUACGUGUCACUGAGCGUGUGAAUCAACACCAUGCACAAAUAGGCCAAGACCGCUUUGAGAGAGAAAAAGAGAGAAGAAUCUUUGAGCAAAGGCAACAUCAGUUUAUGAAGCAUCAGAUGAUGUUGUACGCAAAUGGUUACGGUAUGCCUCCUAUGCCAAUGAUGCAUCCGUCUUUCAUGCCCAUGAGUCCGAUGGGUCCGAUGGGUCCGAUGCCACCCAUGAUGCCCAUGUCACCUAUGGGCCCAAUGAGCCCAAUGUCCCCUAUGGGCAUGGCCAUGUUUCAACAGCAACAGCAACAACAGCAGCAUAAUCAACAACAACAACAACAACAACAGCAACAGCAACAGCAACAGCAACAACAGCAACAGCAACAACAACAGCAACAGCAACAUAAUCAACAGCAAUUUAAUCAAAUACCUAAUUCACCCAACCCACCCCCACUCUUGUCAUUACCACCACAACCUUUCUUAUCACCCAUGCACAGCGCACCCGCAAGCCCUCAUUCACCCGGCUACGGUAAUAAUAUUCGACCUGUGUAUGGACCGCCACCACCUUCCUCCCCCAUGGGAUAUUACCAGCAAGGAAGACAAAGCCCCAGUUUCUCAGCACCUAUCAUUACCCAUAAUAAUAACAGAAGGUUCUCUCGUCCACUUUUAGAUGACGUUGAAGAAAGUCGAACAAAUUCCCCUAUACUGAAAAAGAGUCCAGUUGUAUCUACAUCUUCAGGUACAAGUGUUCGUAUGUAGUAUAUUUUCAAACACGCAUUUAAAAAAAAUAGUACUCUC